CCGUUUUCGCAUCGGAACUUGCUCUUACAGUUCUGUGGGAAUGGCGAAUUAUAUCGGGUUAUUAUAUUCAUGGCGUGCUCCACGGCCUUUCCUGUUGAGGUUGCCGGAGAAGAGCGACGGUACUAUGAGCGCGUUGUAUCCCGAGCCUGGGUAAAGAUAUAUCGUGGAUCGAAUUCGUGAAUCGAAUUUGUGUCUCUUGCCAUCAUCUCCAACAAAUUCAAUAAGAAAGAAAAAACAUGACGGGCACAAAUGAGCAGUUUCACCAUUUUAACCGCCCUGUUCGCAACGUGGCCAUCAUUGGCUCAGGCCCUUCCGGCACUCCUGCCGCCAGACAACUUCGAGAUGCUGGUCUGAAUGUUCGGGUCUUCGAGAGGCAAAAUAAGCCGGGCGGAAUUUGGAACUGGCGGCCCUCGGUUUCCCUCCCCCUUGCAGUCCCAACCCCGCCUCCUUCAGUGGGAGCCUUCACCCCAGUCAUCCGCGGGACUGGUGUGUAUGAAGACCCAGGAAGAGUGGAGCGUGAGAAAUUCAACCCACCUAAUCCUUGUUACUGGAGCUUGAACAACAAUGUUCCUACGUCGACCAUGGCUUUUAAAGACUUCCCUUACCCCCCUGGGACCCAAUCUAAUGUCUCUCACGCCCUCAUCUCAUCCUAUGUCCAAAGCUAUGUCAAGAAUUAUGGCAUCGACCAAAUUACUUCCUACAACACACGAGUGGAACGGGCAGAAAAGAUUGGCGACACUUGGAAACUGACAUUGCGAAAGGUUGUUGAUGAAGGCGAAGACCGAGUACGGGAAGAAUAUUGGACAGAGGAGUUUGACGCGGUCGUUGCCGCGUCUGGGCAUUAUAAUGCCCCCUACAUCCCUCCAUUUGAAGGUUCGGAUGCUUGGUCUGCCGCCUGGCCACAACAGCUUAUCCAUUCGCAAGGAUACCGAAAACCUGAGCCCUAUACCGGCAAAACCGUCCUCAUUGUCGGUAUUGGAACCAGCGGUAACGACAUUGCCAAAGAUAUAUCACCUUAUGCCAGUAAGAUUUACAUGGUCGGUCGCAACACCCUACGAGGCCCACAACAGUACCGGGAGUUGAGGAAGAUGCAAAGACACUUUGCCCCUCCCAACUCCGAGAUCCUUCCCGAGAUCCGUCGUUUCCGCCUCCCUUCUCCUGGUCAAGCCAUCAAUGAGGGUUCUAUUGAGCUCACGAACGGACGCAUCAUCACCGGUGUUAACGAGAUCAUCUUUGCUACUGGUUACCAGUACUCUUACCCUUUUCUUCCCCAGUAUCAUCAAGACAGUACCAUGGUUAAUCCCGCAUUCCCUACGGUCACUCCCGUUGUCACGAAUGGCGAUGGUGUUCUUAAUCUGUACCGAGAUGUCUUUUACAUUCCUGACCCUACACUCACCUUUCUCGGCCUAAGCGUGAACACAUCUGCCUUUUCAUUCUUUGAAUAUCAAGCCCUCUCCAUUGCGCGUGUCUUUGCGGGCACAGCGCGUCUUCCCGACGAAUCUUCGAGAUGGAAAGCAUAUCGAAACCUCGUCCGCGAGAAGGGUGAAGGGAAGUUUAGUCAUCUUUUGGGCAAGGAUGGCGAAAGAAGCUAUGUGCAUGAGACGGUACAGUGGCUGAACCGCGAUGCGGAAUGGUCUGGCGCGAGCAAAGUGGAGGGGCAUACAAUAGAGUGGUUGACGGAGAGUGACAAGAUUCCACUCUUAAUUGCUUCUAAGUUCGGAUUGGAUGCUGCUGGUCUCAAGGCAUUGAGGGAAAAACCUUCAGAUAUCCCAGAAGAGGAUACGGCCCAGCCAGUGGAGACUGAGAGGAGUAUUGGCUUAUUUGGAGACAAGUUCAAGACAGCGACUGAGGAGACAAACGCGCGGACGAGCGAAGCAUUUGCCCGCAAGGCAGCUUUGACUUCCGCAUAGUUGAUCGGCUUUUGUGGUUGUUGCUUAGGGAAACUGGUUAAAAUAUCGUAUUUUCUUUAAGAUUUUGAUAAUCUGGCGUCGUCCGAUCCACCUGCGCCGUCGUCUACUACCACGACUUAUAAAUGCAUGUCUCACAGGUUAACCGCUUUCCCCCCAUCCAAUCCUUGCUCCUCUUUUUUUAUUACUUCUCUGUCGGCUACACUCUUUUUUAUCUGAAAGCUCGAGAGAUGAGAAUGUAGACUGGUUGGAUUAUCGGUAGUAUUAUAAGAGUUAGGGAAAAU